GAGAGAGGAGAGAGAGUGACACACCGGCACGAGAGAGGAGAGAGAGAGUGACACACCGGCACGAGAGAGGAGCACCCGGGACCCCGAGAGAGGGACACACAGAGAGCCGAGAUGAACCGAAGCGUCGACAUGAGCGGUCAGUUUGAGGAAGAUCUCCACGAGCGGGCCGAGAGGAAAAGCAGCAAAUCCCCCACCCUGCUCUCCUCUUACUGCAUAGACAGCAUCCUGGGCCGCCGCAGCCCCUGCAAGGUCCGGAUCAUAGGGGCGCAAAGUUUGCCCGGCAGAGGGGAGCUGGACAAGGCUGACAGGUCAACGAAAGACCCCUUCUCCCUCAGCGCGGACAUGCACCUGCCCCCCAAGCUGCGCCGGCUGUAUGGAGUCGGGGGGAAGUUCCUCCACGAGCACCCGGACUCUCUGGACCGGGAGCGGCUCCUCAUGGAGGCCAGCGACAGCCUGAAGAUCAGCCAGGCUCCGCAGGUGAGCAUCAGCCGCAGCAAGUCGUACCGGGAGAACGCGUCCCUGAGCCGGGGAGAGGGCGACCAGAGCCCCGGGGAGGGGUCGGAGGACGGCAGCCUGGUGGAGCUCGGCCCGCUGAAGUUCGAGGAGGACGUCGGGAAAGAGGAGGAGAACUGCGGGGACGCGGCGGCUCUAUCCCCGAAGGACGAGGAGAGGGAGAGCUUGAACGCCGGGGAUGGGGACGGGAGGGACGGGGAGGACAGCGUGUGUCUGUCGGCGGGCAGUGACUCGGAGGAGUGCAUGCUGAAACGGAAGCAGAGAAGAUACAGGACUACCUUCACCAGCUACCAGCUGGAGGAACUGGAGAGGGCUUUCCAGAAAACACACUACCCGGACGUCUUCACCAGAGAGGAGCUCGCAAUGCGUCUGGAUCUCACCGAGGCCCGUGUGCAAGUUUGGUUUCAGAACCGCCGGGCCAAGUGGAGGAAGCGUGAGAAGGCGGGGGUGCCGGGCCACCACUCGGGCCUGCCGUUCCCCGGGGCCCUGACAGCGGGGCACCCCCUCAGCCACUACCUGGAGGGGGGCCCCUUCCCCCCCCACCACCACCCGGCCCUGGAGUCGGCCUGGUCGGCUGCUGCAGCCGCGGCCGCCGCCUUCCCCGGCCUCGCCCCCCCGCCUCACAACGGCUCCGCCCAGCUGGGCUCCCCCCUCGGCCUGGGCACCUUCCUGGGAACGGCCGCCAUGUUCCGACACCCCGCCUUCAUGGGACCCACCUUUGGCAGGCUCUUCUCCGGUAUGGGUCCCCUGUCCAGUGCUUCCACGGCUGCAGCGCUCCUCCGGCAGUCCGCCCCCCCCCCCUGUAGAGGCCCCCCCCCCACCCCUUGCUGAGCGACCCCUCCUCCUCCGGCCCCCCCCCACUCCGCUGCAGACCGCCGGGCCUCCAGCAUCGCCGCGCUGCGUCUCAAAGCCAAGGAACACUCGGCGCAGCUCACCCAGCUCAACAUCAUCCUGCCCAGCGGGGGGGCCGGGAAGGAGGUGUGCUGA